GGGAUGGAGAGCGGCGGCGGUUUAAAGGGCAACAUGGAGAAAAAUGGUAAAGAGAACCACAGUGGGCUCCCUGGUCACAGCAUCAAGACUCUACCCACCAUUGGGGAUGGUCCAAAACGGCUCCCUGUGCAUCAGCAGCAUCCUCAGAAUCGGGUACCUGGAGGUGGAGUCCAAGCACAGCGUAUUUUGUGUCCUUCAAAUUUGGCUCAGCGAGUUCCUGUACAGUCACAGGCUCAAAAAUCUGUGCUGUCAAACCAGAAACAGUCUCAAAACCAGCUGAUGCAGCAGCCUCGACCAACUUUUCUAGCUCAACCAAUUUCUAGGCCUCAGGCUCCAAGUAAAAACAAUGAGGAACCUCCACAGGCCUCACUAUCUGCAAAAAGCCUUGAAGCAGAAGUGACAUCUGUCCAGAAAAAUGAAGAAACUAAAAAAAGGCAGUGGUGUCUUGAUGACUUCGAAAUUGGCCGUCCUCUGGGAAAAGGAAUUGGAAAUGUGUAUCUGGCUCGUGAAAAGCAAAGUAAAUUUAUCCUAGCGCUGAAGGUGUGUUUAAACACAGCUGAGAAAGCAGGAGUAGAACAUCAGCUGCGGAGAGAAGUAGAAAUACAGUCUCAUCUUAGGCAUCCCAAUAUUCUCAGGCUAUAUGGCUACUUCCAUGAUGCCACAAGAGUCUACCUAAUUCUAGAAUAUGCACCUCGUGGAGAAGUCUACAAAGAGUUGCAGAAGCUAACCAAGUUUGAUGAGCAGAGAACCGCUACUUAUAUGACAGAAUUGGCAGAUGCUCUAUCGUACUGUCAUUCAAAGAGAGUUAUUCAUAGAGACAUCAAGCCAGAAAACUUGCUGCUUGGUUCAAACGGAGAGCUGAAGAUUGCUGACUUUGGAUGGUCUGUGCAUGCUCCGUCAUCUAGGAGGACAACUCUUUGUGGUACACUUGACUACUUGCCCCCUGAAAUGAUUGAAGGGAGAACACAUGAUGAAAAGGUGGAUCUCUGGAGCCUGGGGGUUCUGUGCUAUGAAUUUCUAGUAGGGAAACCUCCUUUUGAGGCAGAGACAUACCAGGAAACUUACAGAAGUAUUUCAAAGGUGGAAUUCAGAUUUCCUCCUUUUGUAACAGAGGGAGCUAAGGACUUAAUUGUAAAGCUCCUGAAGCAUAAUCCAUACCAGAGGCUGCCACUGAAAGAUGUGCUUGCACACCCAUGGAUUACCACAAACUCUACAAAACAACCAAGCAGCCGGAAGAGUGAGGUUGCUACCAGUAACAGAACGCCAUCUUAGCAAGGUGUCCGUUUCAUGCUAUAAACAAUCUCAAAUGAACUAUAAACAAAAGGAGAGCCCUGUAACCAUGACUACUUUAAUGCAGCCAGAAAAGGUUGCUUGCAAUGAGACUUUAAUAAAAGACCUGCUAAUGAAAACAGACUGGGGGAGUGGGGAAUGAUUCAGUUGUGUGAACUGUUCACCAUUUUAAACUCUCUUAUUGUAAUGGAGAAAAUGUGUUUUAUAUAUUUUGAGAGCAGUUUGACAAGAAGUGUACUUAAAGAAGUUGAUAGAAUAUUAGCCAACGUACUUGAAGUCCAAUUUGCAUAUGGGUCACAUACAUUGAGAUGAGGCAAAGCUAAAUGUUGUGUUAUUGCCAAGGGCCCUAUAAUGUGAUCAGUCUUAAUUUUUGGCUCCUAUUUCUUCAUAGCAAGAGACGGUUGUGGUUCUGGAUAUCUGUCAUGGUCAAAUAGUGCAAUAAUAAAUCCUUGCCUUACCUGCAUUCUAACUUAUUGGGCUGCUAAGGUUAUCACAAAUGUGCAGUGAUCUGAAGCCGAGUGGAAAAAGAUGAAUGUGCCUCUUCAUAAAUGUGUCCUAAUAAUUGUGUGCAUUUCUUGCUUCUGUGUACUCUUUGGUCUGCUGUUGUCUUGAGGGGUGAGGCACUUGAAAUUCAUUAAAUAAAGACUUGUUACAUUCUGA